AUGCAAUAUACAAAAUUCUCCUUAAUUGAACAUCUGACAAAACGAAAUAUUAAAUGCUAUCAACACAACUAACCUUUGAGUUAUUUGGACAUGUCUAAGGUUUGUGAGGAUAGAUCAAGAAUGAAAUGUGAUAAUUGUUAGAAAAAUUAGUACUGCAUUAAAAUUUAAUAAUUCAACCAAUUAUGCGAACAAUUUUAUCAAAUUAGUAAGAAUUCAAACGAUUAGAUAAAAGAAACUUACAAGAAAAUAUAUUUAGACAUUUAAAAUAUCCUCAAUCAAAUGAAUGAUAAAAUUUAAAACUCAAUAUUUAAACCACUAUAUAGUGCUAAUUUCAUUAAGUGUUUGGAAUCAUAUCUAUUGUUUUUAUAUUCAUUUGAUCACAAUGUAAAUAAUUUAUCAUAUUUAGUAUGUUGCCAUUAAUAAAAUUAAUGAUAUUGGUCUUUAAGAAUUUGAAUACUUAACAUAAUGUAUGUCCGAAUAAGUUAAUUUUAAAGAAAUUGAAAAAAAAUUAAUUUUAAAACAAUAGGCUUUGGAUGACUAAAAAUAGGCUGAAUAAAAUUAAUAUUUAGAUUUAGUAUAACAAUUAAAUUAGUUGAUAAAUAAUUUUGUAAUGAAAAAUAAUUUAAUUAAUGCUUAAAUAUAGAAUUAAAAUAUAAAAAAUGAGUAAAUAGAUAUGGUAAAGACUGUAGAAAAAAAUGGUGUUUAAUUUUUUGAUUAAGAUGGAUAGAAAUUAAGUUCCAACUCAAGUUAAUCGAUAGCAGAUAUUCAAUUAAACUUCGAUUAAACUAUUCUAGCGGCAAGAUUUUGUGAACCAUGUACGAAUAUUUUUUUUUGGAAAUUAGAGGGAUUUCAAAAUAAAUGGAUUAAAGAUAAAACAUUAAAAAGUUAUUCAAAAACCUUAGUUUAUUUUAAAUUUAGUAAAUUAUAAAAUAUUUUAAUAACGAGUGGAUCAGAUGAUGAAAAUCAUGUUUAUCUAAAAACAACAAAAGCUCAAAUUAAAAUUUGGAUUUUAAAAGCAGACGUUUGGUUAAUUAAGCAAAUAUAUGAACCCUAACUUCAGCCAGGACUUGGAUAAUAAAGAAUAUAAUGUGCUACUUUCAAUCAAGAAGAAACUGAAAUUAUAUUUGCAGAAGGAACUCGUUUAGUUUUCUUGUAUGAACAAUAAUCUCGCUAUCUAUUAAAAUAUUAUUAAGAAAAAUCAAGCGAAUUAAUUACAUGUUUAUAAAUUUCAAGUGAUGGAAAAUUAUUAGCUGUUGGUGCUUGCGAUUAAAAGGUUAUUAUUUGGAAAAUAAAUGAAGCAAAAUUAAUUUUAUUUUAAAUAUUAAAAUUGUACAAUACUCCAAAAAGAAUCUUAUUUAGUAAAAACGAUUAAGAUUUAAUAAUUUGUACAAAGGAUGGUUUAGUACAUUGUUUUAAUAAUUAAGAUUCAAAAAAAAAUGAAUACAAAGAAAAUUAAAAAAUUUUUAAUAAUAUAUCUAAAAUUAGAACAAUAGAAUUUAAUAAAGAUUCAUCAAUAUUGGCAAUAGGAGGAGAAACUAAUAAAAUUUAAUUAUGGAAGAAGGAUGAUUAAAAUUAAUGGAAAUGCUUUAAUGAAUAUCAAUAAGAUAAUUUUAUAGAAUCUAUUUGUUUUGGAAAUAGUCCAGAUGUAAUUUAUGCAUCAAAUAAUAAUGAAAUAUAUAUACAUAAUAUAUUUUGA